GUGUUGAAUCCCAUUUAUCACUCUCCUCUUUGAACAGAACGAGUUAUCUAUUUAGAUCUCAGAAACUGAAUCAGAUUUUUAUAUCAAAGUUAGGGUUUCAACAAUUCAGUUAGAAACAUAGAAAGAGUAUUAACAAUGGUGGAACGAAAGGUUAUCCCUAUCGCUAUCGCGGUGCUCUUUUUCUUCAUUGCUUCCUCUUCCUUCGUUCACGCUUCCGAUGAAGCUGACGAUGCGAUCUUCUACGAAUCGUUCGAUGAGGAUUUUGAUAGCCGUUGGAUUGUAUCUGAAAAGGAGGAAUACAAUGGUGUCUGGAAGCAUUCUAAGAGUGAGGGGCACGACGAUUUUGGACUUCUUGUUAGUGAACCAGCAAGGAAGUACGCCAUAGUUAAAGAACUUGACGAACCUGUCAUUCUUAAGGAUGGAUCAGUUGUUCUUCAGUUUGAGACUCGCCUACAGAAUGGCCUUGAAUGUGGUGGUGCAUAUAUCAAAUAUCUUCAACCCCAGGAGAGUGGUUGGAAACCCAAGGGAUUUGACAACGAAUCUCCAUAUUCUGUCAUGUUUGGUCCAGACAAGUGUGGGGCAACAAAUAAGGUUCACUUCAUCUUCAGGCAUAAGAAUCCAAAGACCGGAAAGUAUGUUGAACACCAUCUCAAGUUCCCCCCUUCUGUCCCAUCUGACAAACUAUCUCAUGUGUACACUGCCAUUCUAAAGCCUGAUAAUGAGUUGAGAAUUCUAGUUGACGGCGAGGAGAAGAAAAAGGCUAACUUCCUAUCCGAGGAGGAUUUUGAGCCUUCUCUUAUCCCUUCCAAGACAAUCCCUGAUCCUGAUGAUAACAAACCCGAAGACUGGGACGAGAGAGCCAAGAUUCCUGACCCAGAAGCUGUAAAGCCAGAGGACUGGGAUGAGGAUGCACCCAUGGAAAUUAUCGAUGAAGAAGCUGAGAAACCUGAAGGAUGGCUGGACGACGAGCCAGAGGAAAUAGAUGACCCGGAGGCAACAAAACCUGAAGAUUGGGAUGAUGAGGAGGAUGGUGAAUGGGAAGCUCCCAAAAUUGAAAACCCAAAGUGUGAAACAGCCCCUGGUUGUGGUGAGUGGAAGAGGCCAACGAAGAGGAACCCAGCUUAUAAGGGAAAAUGGAGUGCCCCCUUCAUUGAUAACCCAGCUUAUAAGGGUAUAUGGAAGCCUCAGGAGAUUCCAAACCCAGAGUACUUUGAACUUGAGAAACCUGACUUUGAGCCUAUUGCUGCUAUUGGUAUUGAAAUUUGGACAAUGCAGGACGGCAUUCUAUUUGAUAAUGUUCUUAUAGCUAAGGAUGAUAAGAUUGCAGAAUCCUAUCGUGAAACUACAUGGAAACCCAAGUUUAACAUUGAGAAAGAGAAGCAGAAGGCUGAAGAGGAGGCAGCAGCUGAGUCAGAGGGUAUUGCUGGCUACCAGAAGAAGGCAUUUGACCUCUUGUACAAGAUCGCAGACAUUCCCUUCCUGAGUGGCCAGAAAGAUAAGAUUAUUGAAAUCAUUGAAAAGGGGGAGAAGCAACCAAAUCUGACUAUUGGAAUUCUUGCAUCCGUUGUGGUUGUUUUCGUAACAAUUUUCUUUAGGCUCAUAUUCGGCGGGAAGAAACCUGCUAAGGUGGAGGCGAAGGUAGAGAAGAAGACCAACACAGAACGCACAGAAACUUCCCAAGCUGGUGGAGAGAAUGAAGACAACAAAGAGAAGGAAGAAACAGCCAAUGCUCCACGUAGGAGGCCAAAGCGAGACAAUUGAAAGCAUUGAAACUUAUAGUGGCUGCCCAUUAAGUAUCAUCAUGAGUGGUUAAUUUUGGGGGGCUUAGUUGGAUUUUAGGUGCACUUCGUUUUCAUUUUUCCUUUUACCUUUUUCGAAAGAUUAUAUACUUAAGGAGUAUAUUUUCUCCUUUUGGAUACUCUUGAGUGUUUGACCUAAUUGUAGUUGUACAAUUAUUUUUUGUCCUCUUUUUUCUAGUAAUGAAUUAUGUUUUUCACAUAGCCAAAUA